AUAAAAAUAAAAAUAAAAAAAUCAGGGUACUAAGUCACGCUUCCUUGUCUCCUGAACCGUCUCCUUCGGCUGAAGGGUGUCUAGGAGCCCGAGGCAUUGUCUCUGUCACCCCUGUAAGAAAAAUUGGGAAUUUAAUCCCCACUUUAUUUGCUAAAUAAUAAUCUUAUAUUUUUUAUAAAUUAGCUUAUAGCCGACGCAUUUAUUAUUCUUCUCUACUUAUUUAUGUGUGUGUAUCUAUAUACAGAUAAUAAAUGACAAUAAAAUAGAAGCGUUAAAGGAGAUCGCGAGCCGCUGCCCCCUUCUGGAGGCAGUCAAGUAUCCGAAGUGAGUCCGAUCGAUCGCUGCCCUUUGAUUUCAAUUCUUUUUUCCUCCUCCUCCUCUCAGCCAUCAUCCAGACAGCAAAUCGGGCUGAUCCCGAUCGUUAAAGAAGAGUUUUUGACACCUGAGUUCUUGGAUUUUAUUAUGUAUUGAGAAUUUCUUCUUCAGUUUUGCUAGAUUUUUUUUGUUUUUUGUUUCAAUUCUGUAUAGAAGGAAAAAUUGAUGGGCAUUGAUAAGGUUUUUGGAGAGUCUGGAAAAUUCCUUGAAUCGGACUUUAAGGAACUCUUAUCUGAUGAAAUUGCUAUAAGAAUUUUGGGAUUUCUUCAGUAUUUUUUGAUUCAAAAAUUUUGAUUCGAUAACAUUGGGGAAGGGGAAAUAAAAGGGGAGGUGGAAAGGGAAAGGAAGAAAGAAAAUGGGGGUUAUGUCGAGGCGGGUGUUGCCUGCCUGUGCAAAUCUCUGUUGCUUCUGCCCUUCACUGAGGGCACGGUCACGACUGCCAGUUAAACGCUACAAGAAGCUCCUAGCCAAUAUCUUUCCUCAGUCUCUGGAUGGAGAACCAAAUGAUAGGAUGAUUAGCAAGCUUUGUGAAUAUGCUUCAAAAAAUCCGAUGCGGAUGCCAAAGAUUACAAAGUGCUUGGAGCAAAGAUUCUAUAAAGAAUUGCGGAAUGAACACUCCUGUCUUGCAAAAGCUGUGCCAUGCAUAUAUAGGAAACUUUUAGCUUCAUGUAAGGAGCAGAUGCCAUUGUUUGCUACUAGCUUAUUGGGCAUUGUGCGAACACUUCUUGAUCAAACACAAGAAGAUGACAUGCGUAUUCUGGGUUGUCUUAUGCUUGUUGACUUUCUUAACAGUCAGGUGGACAGCACUUACAUGUUCAACGUAGAAGGAAUCAUACCUAAACUUUGUCAUCUUGGUCAAGAAGCAGGGAGAGGUGUUGGGGGACUCCGAGUGAGCUCUGCAGGGUUGCAAGCUCUUGCUUCUGUGGUGCAAUUCAUGGGCGAGUGCUCCUAUGUCUCAAUGGACUUUGAUGAUAUUGUCUCAGUGACCCUGAAAAAUUAUAAGGCUCAGCAAAUGGGCUCAGGAAAUCAUAAGCAAGAUUGGCAAUACAUUCAACAUUCAAAUCACUGCAUGGAGGAAGGUAUCAGAACAGAAGAUGACAUUUCUUCCUUCCAGGAUUCCUGGAAGAAGGUUCUGUCAGUACGUAAUAGUGUAAAAGUUGAACUGGGUGCUACAGCGGAUAUUUCCAAAAGCACUGUUUACUGGUCUAGAGUUUGCUUGCACAAUAUGGCUAAUCUUGCUAAGGGGGCAACUACUGUGAGGCGUGUUUUAGAACCCCUAUUUCGUAACUUUGACAGUGAAAAUUAUUGGUCUCCUGAGAAAGGAGUUGCUUGUUCUGUUUUAUCUGAUAUGUGGGCCCUAUUGGAGAAUUCAGGACAAAACAGCCAUUUGCUAUUAUCUAUCAUAAUCAAGCACUUAGAUCACAAGAAUGUUGCCAAACAGCCUCUCAUGCAGAUUAAUAUUGUCAAUGUGGUGACACAUCUUGCACAACAUGCAAAGCCACAAGCUUCAGGAGCUAUAAUUACUGCAAUAAGAGACUUGAUGAGACAUUUGCGCAAAUGCAUGCAAUGUUCCAUCGAGGCAUCAAACUUGGGUGAUGAUGUCAAUGAGUGGAACUCUAUUCUUCAUUUUGCCCUAGAAGAGUGUCUUGUGCAACUGACAGACAAGGUAGGGGAUGUUGGACCUAUUCUUGAUAUGAUGGCUGUCGUGCUGGACAAUCUCUCUUCUACUGCUAUUGUUGCAAGAACUACAAUGUCUUCUGUUUAUCGUCUUGCACAGAUAAUAGCUCCUAUCCCUAACUUAUCAUAUUGCAAGAAGGCUUUUCCAGAAGCUUUAUUUCACCAGCUUCUCUUAGCAAUGGCACACCGAGACCAUGAAACAAGAGUUGGUUCCCAUCGUGUUUUUUCAGCCAUUCUUGGGCCCUCAAUUAUUUGUCCUUGGUCAAUUUCAUGUAUUCCGGUUACAUUAAAGGGAUAUGAUCCACAAGGUACACUUUUGGUAGCUCUCUCAGGUUUUUCUUCUUCAAGGGCUAUAUUGGAGAAGUUGGGGAAAGAGAGUACUGAUAAGAAUGAAUGCCUAGAAAAAAUGGAGAAGAUCAAUGCUGCACUGGAAGGUACACUGAAGGAUGGAUACCAACAGCUGAAUGCAGACAUAAGCCAGUGUACAGUUUACCCCUUCCAGAGUGAUCCUUAUAGCAUCAACUUCUCUCCGUCCCUUUCUCUAUCUAAUGGAAGAGCUGUUACUAAAAGUAGACAAGAAGAGCUGACAUUUAUGAGAUUGAGUAAUCAUGAAGUGGGUCUUCUGCUCUCAUCAAUAUGGGCUCAGGCAACAUCACAAUAUAAUAUGCCUGCAAAUUAUGAAGCAAUGGCACACAGUUACAACCUUGCUUUAUUAUUUUCUCAAUCGAAAAACUCUAGUCAUGUGGCUCUCGUUCGUGGUUUUCAGCUAGCUUUUUCACUGAGGAGGAUCUCCCUUGACCACGAAAGUUGUUUGCAGCCAUCUCGUAGAAGGUCCCUAUAUAGCUUGGCAUCAUCCAUGCUUCUAUUUUCAGCAAAGGCCUGUGGUCUUCCAGUCUUAGUUCCUUCCAUGAAAGCGACCAUCACAGAGAAAUUGGUUGAUCCUCAUCUUCAUCUGAUAGAUGAUAGCAGAUUGCAAGAAUCUCCUGGCAAUAAGGCAGUUUAUGGGUCUGAGGAAGAUGAAAUUGCUGCAUUGAAAUUCCUUGGAGUGGUAGAAUAUGAUGAUAAGCAACUAAAAGAGACUGUGAUAUCCCACUUACUAAAGAAGUUUGAAAAAUUACCAGAGUUUCAGGAAAAGUUAAUGGACAUAAAAGAGCAGCUUUUACAGGAAUUCUCGCCUGAUGAUGCCUUUCCACUUGGUGGUCCAUUGUUCAUGGAGACACCGCAUCCAUGUUCACCACUCGAACAAAUGGAAUGCCAAUCUUUCGACAUGGUCAAUGAUGCUCCUGGUCUUUCGGAUGAUGAAAAUCUACCUUUAGACACAUGCGGAAGUCAGUCAGAUAGGAAAACAUCAGAAUCCGUACAUGCAUGUGAUAUUUUAAGUGUUAAUCAAUUGAUAGAAUCGGUUGUUGAAACAGCACGGCAAGUUACUACCUUACCAGUUGCCUCCAACCCCGUGCCAUAUGACCAAAUGAAAAGACAAUGUGAAGCCCUUGUCAUGGGUAAGCAACAAAAGAUGUCGGUGCUUCAGAGUUUCAAGCACCAGCAAGAAGGAUUGAAGGACCAGAUAGAAGAGAAUGAGGUCAAUUCCUGGGAUUGUUACCAGUUGGUGCAUUGUCCCAAUGAAGAGACGAGAUCAAUUGGCAAGGAGCAAAUUCGGCGCUGUGAUUCAGUAUCUAGUGGGUCCGAGCAGUCCUUCAGGUUACCACCUUCAAGCCCAUAUGACAAAUUUCUACAAGCUGCUGGAUCUUGAAAAAAGAUCCAUAGCAUAGUACAUGUUGUAACGAGACUCAGACAUUUUGAUGAUACAUUGUCGCGUAGAUCUCAUCUUUUUUUUUUUUCUCCCCCAGUUCACAGCCUCCUUUUCUUCCUUCUUAUUCUUCUGAUAUAUAGUUGAAGUUUAUUGCAUGCUUCUCAUGUGCAAAUACCCAGCCGGAGAAGUCUAAAGGAAAAGUUAGGCAUUAAGAGUAAUUUUAUUCUA